ACUCUCUCACCACACACACACACACACACCCGUCGUCGUCGGGAACCCUCGUUUUUUUUUCCUUUCUCCGCGCGCCACGCACGAUCUCUCUCCGUUCCUCCCCGCCGUAGGGCGGUGGCGGUUGAACCACCCCUUGAGGUGUAUGAACAACGCCGCCCCCGGAGGCCGCUGUUCGGGCGGGGGGGCGCUUUCCCUCCAGCCUCAGCCCCCGUGGGGCGGCCCAGGCUCGCAGCACGGAGCUUCUCUCAGCUUCGCUCCGGUCUUUCGGCGCCUCGCUUCUCUCCCUACUGCUGCCCGGCAGGGAACGGAGGGAGAGGAGCGUGCCGGGCGGUGCGGCGGCUCCUCUUCGGCAUGUCAGCGGCUGCCCCGCAGCCACCAUCUCGGGGCGCGGAGAAGAGGAACAGUGGGGCCUGGUUACUGGAAGAGAACCACCGGGAGCCGUUCCUGCUUCCUUCCGGCCAAGUAACUGAAACUUCCCGGGAAAGUGGCUUCGACGAGGAUUUGCAAUCGCAACGGCAGCAAGAGGACGGGGAGGGAAACGACAAGUGGCAACUACGGGGGAGGCCGCCGCCGUGUCAUGUGGUCGAGGCACCGCCGCCUAAAGAGAAUCCCUGGACGCGUUGGAAGCCUCCCCCCAACUCCAGUAGUAGUUUAUCUCCUCCCAACGCUUCGUCGGGCGGCGAGUUAACUUCGCAGGAUCCGGAGCUGCAGUGUUCUACUAAAGUCAUAAAAGCAGGAAAGUUGAAGAUAAAGAAACCCAGUAAGGGAGAUUAUUUCAAUGAUGCAACAAACUGGCCAACACCAAGUGAAAUUGCAAGCUCUGGGUGUAAAAAUGUAAGUAAUCAGAAUAAAAGAGCUCCAAUAAAAAAAGAGAAAGAAGAAAAAAAUGAAAAGAAAAAUACCAAUAAAAUAAAGGAAAAUGUGGAGAUAAAUCUAGAAAUUCAUGGAGAAAUUGUUAGUGAAGAUGACUGUCCAAUUAACAAUCAAAAGAAAAAAGGUAAUAAGCAUAAAUGGGUACCACUUCAUUUAGAUGAUAUGAAGCCAGAUAACCAAGAAAGGCCAGGAUCUCAGAACAGUUCAAGGUCCCAGCCAGAAACCAGCAAGCUUGUGCCUCACAACAACAGACGCAAUGAGGCAAGAACUAGCUGGCGAAGGGAUCGGGAAAAGCGAGAAGAUCAUGAUGAAGUUUCGAGUGUGAGAAGUGAAGGUGGCAGCGUUAGAGGAUUUUAUAGAGGACGAGGGAGAGGCAGGGGAAGAGGAAGAGGACGUGGAAGAGGAAAUCCUCGAAUGAACCAUGACUAUUCGUAUGGCUACCGAGAACAAUAUAGUGAAAGGACUGAUCAGCCAUUUCAGCCAGAUCUUAGCACUAAUAUGAUGUAUUAUUAUGAUGAUGGAACAGGAGUGCAGAUGUAUUCUGUGGAUGAAACAUUGCUUAAAGAAUACAUUAAACGCCAAAUUGAGUAUUAUUUUAGUGUAGAAAACCUGGAAAGAGACUUCUUCUUGAGAAGGAAGAUGGACCAGCAAGGAUUCUUGCCUAUAUCUUUGAUUGCAAGCUUCCAUCGUGUGCAAGCUCUCACUACAAAUGUAAACUUAAUAUUAGAGGCCUUAAAGGACAGUACUGAAAUAGAAAUAGUAGAUCAGAAGAUGAGGAAAAGGAUAGAACCAGAAAAAUGGCCAAUUCCAGGUCCCUCUCCACGUUGUCUUCCACACACAGAUUUUUCUCAGCUUAUUAACUGUCCAGAGUUCGUACCAGGGCAGAUUUUUGGUUCACAUACAGAGUCUGCACCAAGUUCUCCAAGAAUAGGAAGUCUAAAUACUAAGAAAAGCAUUGAAAUAAGCAAUCUUGAAGUAAUAUCCAAAGCAUUAUCUACAAGCCUCCCGGAUUUGGAUUCUGAACCUUGGAUAGAAGUUAAAAAAAGACAUCGUCCCAACUUAGUUAAGCCAAAGGAAUCUGGGUCUGGACGUGAAGAAUUGACAAAUCAACAACUGCCACCACCAUCUUCUGAAGAACAAGAAGAACUUGAUUUUUUGUUUGACGAAGAGAUGGAACAAAUAGAAGGCAGGAAGAAUACAUUCACAGAAUGGUCAGAAAGUGAUUCAGAUUAUGAAAUAGAUGAUCAAGACUUAAAUAAGAUUUUGAUUGUGACACAGACCCCACCAUAUAUGAGAAAACAUCCUGGAGGAGAUAGAACUGGCAACCAUGUGUCACGUGCAAAAAUUACAUCAGAACUUGCCAAAGUUAUUAAUGAUGGAUUAUACUAUUAUGAACAGGAUUUGUGGAUGGAGCCAAGUGAAAAUGAUUGUAUUGCUAUGAAGCAAGAAGUUGAAAAUUUUAAGAAGUUACAUCUCAUCAGCAAAGAGGAAUUUGACAGUCUUACUCCUGAAUAUAUAAUGGAUUCAAAUCAGGAUGAUUCUCCUCGUCCUUCAAAAAAUGUUACUGAAGAGCUGGCUUUUCAACUGUUUGGUGUCCAGGAAAUACCUCCAACAACAAUGGCUCGCUCACUGCCAACAGCUGUUCCUGAAUCUCCUGGAAUUCACCCUACCAGAACACCUAAAACACCUCGUACACCAAGACUGCAAGAUCCUAACAAAACACGAUUCUAUCCUGUGGUUAAAGCAAGAAUUAUUGAUGUUGGGACACGAAGGAAAAGAAAAACACGGCAUAGUACCAACCCUCCAUUAGAAAGCCAUGUUGGCUGGGUAAUGGAUUCCAAGGAUCACAGACCAAGAACAUCUUCCAUAAGCAGUUCAAACGCAUCACCACUAGAAGGUGCUCCGCUAUCAGGAAGUUAUGGAUGUACCCCACAUUCACUUCCUAAAUUUCAACAUCCUUCUCAUGAACUGCUGAAGGAAAAUGGUUUUACUCAGCAAGUGUACCAUAAAUACCGCCGUAGAUGCCUAAAUGAAAGGAAACGGUUGGGAAUUGGCCAGUCUCAAGAAAUGAAUACACUUUUUCGUUUUUGGUCCUUUUUUCUCAGAGACCACUUUAAUAAGAAAAUGUAUGAAGAAUUCAGGCAACUAGCUCUAGAUGAUGCAAGAGAACAUUAUAGGUAUGGCCUGGAAUGCUUGUUCCGUUUUUAUAGUUAUGGGCUGGAGAAGAAGUUCAGACAAGAGAUCUUCAAAGAUUUCCAAGAAGAAACAAAAAGAGAUUAUGAAUCUGGCCAACUUUAUGGGCUAGAAAAAUUUUGGGCUUAUCUGAAAUAUUCACAGUCUAAAACUCCACCUAUUGAUCCCAAACUUCAGGAAUACCUAUGCAAUUUUAAAAGAUUGGAAGAUUUCAGAGUUGAUCCUCCGAUUAAUGAAGAAUCUGGGAGAAAAAGGCAUUUACCUGGUGAGGAAAGUGAUCAUCGCAGACAUCAAUCCAACACUGCUUCCAAGAUCCUUGCUGGUAAUUCCACAGCUGUUUCUCAGACGUGGGUCCCAAUAAAUUUUCCCACUACAAAUACUGUACAGGAGUUGAAUAACAGCAUACACCAGAAUAGUACUGCCACAAAAUCAAGAUGUGAUAUAACUGAGCAGUAGACUUUCAGUAAGCUUGAACCUUAAGAUCAACUCCUAAUGCCAGUAUUUUAGCUCAAGGAUCUUCAGGGAGAGCUAUUUUAAAGCUUGAUUAAAAACAAAUGUAUAGGAAAAAAAAGAAUUGCAUCUGCUUUCUGACAAGAUUAAAUUCCAAGUAAAUUCCCUUUGUUCAAUUAUAUUGAGUUCAAGCAUCAUGAGAGAUCCUUGGGAAAUACCUAUUACUCUGUGUUGCUAUCCCAAGUUACUGUUUACAGCAGCAGCAUUCCAAUAGUAUAUACAUAAAUACUUUGGAAUAUCUUACAAUCCAGCUCAUAUUUUUUUGAAGAAGUUAUAUUCUUUUUGUAGUGUAGGAAUGUUUUACCGUCAGGUUAUCAAUCAUUUGUUCUACUUAUAAAAGCCAAAAAGAAAAUAGUUUUGAGAGAUAUACAGAAUACAUGCAUUUAAAUUGAUAAAUGCAUUUUUUCAAUAAUAACACAUGCUCUUCCAACAUCUAGUUCUGAAAUCUGUUUUGCUUUCUGUUUCUUUUGUUUCAGGGUUUUGAGUUCAGUAUGGAGUUUUUAAUUUAGGAACAGGUUGUUUAGUUUUAAAGAUUUUUUUAAUGCAGAUUCUACUUAAUCAAAGUAGUCUGCAAAGAGGAUGAAUUAUGACUUUCUUGUCAUAAACUUAGUUAUAUAUACACACACACACACACACACACAUAUACAUAUACAUACAUACAUACACAUAUACACAUGUAUGUAUGUAUGUAUGUAUGUAUGUGAAAAAGGAUAAAAAAACAAAUAGGUCUCUAAUCAUCCUCCAGUUUGAAGAAAUAUUUGUAUUUUUCUGUUUAAUUUCUCUAUUGUAUAAGUGAUUUGCAUUUUUAAGAGAGAUUAAACAAUUUAAUUGUAUUUUAAUAUUUGACAGUUUUAAUUUAAAAGGGAUUUAGAAGAAAAUGUACUUAGACAAAUAAUUAAUGUCAAAAUCACUUUAAAUAUGGUUAAAAUCUUUACUUUACUUAAGACCAACUGUACUGUAAUUGGCCAAAGUGUCACUUUCUUUAAAUGUAAAUGAUUCAUUGAAUACACAUUAUUUAUGUCAGGAGGUGAAAAUUAACAGGAAGCAUCCAUGAAAUAACUAAUUGGAGGUAUUGUGAUUUAAAUACUUAAAAUAAGGGAAUGGAAAUCAUUCUUCCAUAAAAUGGAAAAAAGUGGUAGAAAUAGGUGCAUUUUUAUUAGAUACAGCAAAACAGAUACUUAGCAGUCUUCAGGUUACUUUCAUAAAUAAAGCCUACUACUGUUGAUGCCUUAUUGCUGGGAAAUACCCUAAGUGAUCCAACAUAUAGAUAGGAUUUCUGUGCUGGAAACUUUAUGAAGUCCAUUAUAUAUUCCUGAAAUAUUGCUUGAGAAUCUGAAUUUAACAAUUAUGAAUAUAUGUGCAUAUUUAAUAUGAAAAUAAGUGGAUUUCCCAGCUAUUUUUAAUGGAAACUAGCCUUUAAGAACUGCUCUAUUUUUUGAAGACACUAGGAAUUCAUGAUACCAGUUUUAUAUAGCAUCUUUUCAGUUCUACAACUCAAAUCUCUGUUCAAUCUAGGCCACCUCCUCCAUGAAAAUGAUGCAGUUGUAAAUUUGGAUUUAAGCUGUAUAUAAAAGAAUUAUAUUUACA